AUGGACAAAAACGUGCGGAAGCUUCGAAGUAAAGAUAUAAACCCAUGCAUUGAAGUAUGUGUUAGUAUGCAGGCUACAUGUUUGAAUGAGAUUAUGCCUGCUACAUUUGAGAUCUAUACUGGUUUGAAUGUUGAUGUCAUUUCUGUCGAAUUCAACCACAUAUGACAUUGCUCUUUUCCAGGAAAGCGAUGGCUCUCAGAAAUGUUUGGAUGCCAAUAACUAUGAUAAGAACAUGUGUUCUGCAUAUUUUCUGAGAUACAAAAACUGCAGAAAAUACUGGGUGAGUAUGCGUUGGAGCAAUCCAUGAGUACCAAUCUAAUGUAGCCUAAUGCAUUGCGAGAUCUAAAAUAGAUAUUAAGUAUUGCAUGUAGGCCAACAUGAGGCAAAGAUUAACAAUUCAAACUUAGGGAUGGUCCAAAGGGAAUGUUUAAUGCUAAAAAUAAAACACAAUAUACUCAAAUCACAUCAAACUGAAAUUGGAAGGACCAGCAGCAUGCCUCCCUGCAUUCAAAGCUCGUUCCCUGUAGAGUUAUUCUGUGCCAGUCUUUAAAUUAUGGAAUCAGCUUAAUUGAUUAGCACCUGCUGAAGAGAGGCCACCACUUUAUUAUUUUUUGUAUGUUACCCCCCUUUUCUCCCCAAUUUCGAUCUUGUCUCAUCGCUGCAACUCCCCAACGGGCUCGGGAGGCGAAGGUCGAGUCAUGCGUCCUCCAAAACAUGACCCGCCAAACCCCGCUUCUUAACACCCGCCCGCUUAACCCGGAAGCCAGCCGCACCAAUGUGUCGGAGGAAACACUGUUCAACUGACGACCGAGGUCAGCCUGCAGGUGCCUAGCCCGCCACAAGGAGUCACUAGAGCACGAUGAGCAAAGAAUGGACUUAACACUGGAGUCAUGUUGCUUUUUCUGUAAUUUUUUUCAGCACAACAUCAUGGUGAAUCGGAGACAAGACGGCGUGAAGCCUGACAUGCCCACUGCUGAGGAGCGCCAGGAGAUACUAGCUGCCAUUGGAGGCAAGCCCUACUGA